ACAUGCAACGGGAAAUCUCCUCCGCACUCCGGACCCGGCCGUUCGGAAUCGAGGACUCCCACCCGCAGCUCCGUCGCGUCACAUGACUGCCCACUGGCUAUCAGCUGAAAACGUGAUACCGCUUCCCCGGAUCCCGCGCGUGCAAAUGCCAUAUAUAAGACGCAUUCCCAAACAAUUCCAAAAAUUCUCGCUAAUUUUCCCUUUAUCGAUCUGUAUCUUUACCCUUCGCACCAACGCUUAAUUUCACGCUAUUUAUCACACAAUGGUUUUGGACACUGCCGUAUACCACCCGUCGUUAUUAAAGCUCAUCCGCUUCUUGGACACUACCGCUGGCCGUGAAAAGGUGCUCCGUGGGGUCCAGUACCUCUGCCGUUUCCUCGCGUUCUACCUGUUGAGAAAGGGCUACACCCUCGAGACGUCAAAGCUCUUUUCCUCGUUGCAGAAGAACAUGGCGUUCACCAGAAAGGCGAUGCGUUUCUUGAAGCCGUUGAACCAUUUGCAGGACGCCUCCAAGGCAUACGACAACAAGCUUAUGGACCCGGUCUUGAGAUAUGCGACCGUUGUGCGCAACGUCUCGUACAUGGGCUACUUGAGCGCUGACUCGCUUGCCUGGUUCAAGUUGUUGGGUGUCAUGGACACCAAGCGCUUGCCACAGCUCUCCAAGGUUGCCAACUGGUUUUGGUUCGGCGGCUUGAUUUCCGGCUUGGUCAACGAACUCCGCAAGCUCCAGAUAGAUACCUUGAAACGCACCGCACUUGUGUCGGAGGAGAAGGUGGAGCAGGCCGAGUUGGUCAAGGUGAAUUCCGCUUUGUUUGCUGCCAAGAGAAAGACCUUUGCUACGCUCACCGACUUGUUCAUUGUGUUGAACAACUUGGGAUACUUGCAUAACGACGAGGGUGCUAUUGGUGCUGCUGGUACCAUCACUUCUGUCAUGGGUCUUCAGGACUUGUGGAAGGCCUGUAAAUAAAAUGAGUUAAUGCUAGGCACCAAGCAAUAGUAUAUUAGGCUAAGAUUGUUGUA